UUUAUCAAUCUUCCGUUGCCAAGUCUGCUAAAAGUAUUGAAUAUUAUGCUCUCCUUUCCUCAAACCUUAAAGGUUUCAAAAAUUGCUCCAAAAGCUCUAAAGAAUUUAUUAAGCAGAUUAGCGAUUCACGGCAUAAAAUAUUACGUUUGCUAUCGAGUUCCGUAGGCGAAGAGGAUAAUUUACAGCAAACCUUAUAUAAUUACCUUUCUUGCGUUCAGGGAUUCCUGAGUAUUUCAAACACCAAAAUCCUCUACAAAUGGAGUAACGUUUUUUCAGAAGGAUCUAGUGAAUCAGAAAAUCUUUACUUUGAAAUAUGCUCUGUAUUGUUGACUUAUGUUUUAUGGAUAAAAAAAUAUACAAUCUGCAAAGUAAAUUUAUUGGAUCUUAACUAUAACAUGGAAAAAGCUACUAAACUCUUCCGGAGCUUAAAAUUUCUGGCAUCCAUUUUAUGUUAUAUUGAAGAGAUUGUUACGGACAAUAAUUUCAAAUUUCCUGCACACAAUAGUAAUUUUACACUUUCGCAAUUCUUAAAGAACGACUGCUUUUGAAGGAGAUUUGUCGGUAGAGAUUGUCAAGAGUUUGUCUCUUUUAACUACCGCGGAAGUUGAGGAGGUGACUGUCCAGCUCGGGAUCCACCGCAAAUCUCCAAACAGCCACUUAUGCAAAGUCGCCGUAGAUCUGUACUCUAAAUUUCAGGAAGCUUUGCGUUUGGAACGUUUACAAAUUAUUCUAUUAUAAACUUUUUCGUAGUCCAUUUCAAGCGGGCAAUAUUUUUUAUAGUGGAAUUUGCUUUAUACUAAAAAAAAAAUUAUUAGCUUAAAUGGGAAUAAAAAAUCUUUUUCUACAAAUGUAUGAAAAAUUUGAGUAGCUUGUUUUAAAAAAUUGAGUAAAUUUAAAAUUACUAACUUAAUUCUAUCGAAAUCUUCUUAUUAAUAAAUGGAGUUGGGAUAAAUUUUUUUUAAUUCUAUUUGGUUUUAAGCAACAGAUUCAAGGCGAUAAAAAUCACAACCUCAAGCAACUCACGCGUCAUCUUGAAUUUAAAUACUAUUCAUAUCUGUGUUAUGCGUACUGGUUUCACGCUAUGGACCUUCUAGAAAAUUCGAGAGGUGGUGACGCGCUUGCAAGUAUGACACGUGCUAAGCUUCUAGUAGAAAAGUUGAAAGGCUAUUACAACAAAUCCAGCGCUUCCUUCAUCCACUCUCUUUCAAAAGGAGUCGCGUUUUACCUCGAAAAGGCUGAGUUGGAUAACGCGCUACUUUACCACAAGAAGGUUCCCGAAAGACCCGUCGACCUCCCAGAAUCUCAACAAGUCGUUAAUAUUGAAAAAUUUAGUCUUCCGCCAUGCACUGCAAAUUGGAACAAAAACGACUUGGAGCUGUUAAACGGCUCUUAAUUUUUAUUAAUUAAAAAUAAUUUUGGUUGGA